GGAAGGAUGCGUCAGGCGCCACGUCCUGCAGCAGCCGUAGAUUGAAGUGUGAGCCAGCAGAGCGGCGGAGGAAGAUCCGUCCACCGGAGCUGUGAUACGGCCAGUUAUUCGGGAGAGAGGCGGGAGCGGAGCCGCAUGCUUUGUUGGCAUCGAGCACUGCAUCAGAUGUCAGACUUGUGUGCUGCUUCUACCUCCUUCCAGUUUUGACUUUGCUGUACAGAGAAAUCCAAAUGGCUGAUACCAAGUCAAAUUCAGGCACCAUGAAUCAGACGCAGCAAUCAGAAGAAGAGGUUCCUGCUUAUCUACGGGAGGAGGCACCAGAGGAAACCGUCAAGGACCACCCUCAGCAACAACCUGGCAUGAUCUCUCGUGUAACAGGGGGCAUAUUCAGCAUCACCAAAGGAGCAGUUGGUGCCACCAUCGGUGGCGUGGCUUGGAUCGGAGGCAAAAGCUAUGAGGUGACCAAAACAGCCGUCACAUCGGUACCUAGUAUAGGAGUUGGCAUUGUGAAAGGCGGCGUGUCGGUGGUCACUGGUAGCGUGGCUGCCGUGGGAUCAGCGGUCUCCAAUAAAGUCUCCGGGAAAAAGAAGGACAAAUCUGACUGAGCCAAUCAUCUUAUUUCUAGAGGACUGUCCCAGCCGCAAUUUGGUGUCUACCGAAGAGUCAAGCCAACGCCACAUAAGACACUUGUUAUUGUAGCACCGGUGCGGUUAAUCGAGCAAGUGGAAGGGAGCGCAGCAGUCAUGUUGUAGUGAACACAGACUAUAACCCCGUUCACUGACACUGCGUUUCAAAUGUUACAUUUAUAUUACACCAAAUCAUGUUUGUUUCGUUCACAAAAAUGUUUUGAAUAUUUUUUUUUUUCUGGAAACAUUGACAUCCACAAAGCCAUUUGUUUAGAGGACUUUACAUUAAGAAAACAUUUUUUUCUUUUUCUUUUUUUUUCUUUUUUUUUUGUGUGUGUUUUUGCUUAUGUUAUGGAAAGCCACAGUACAUAGUUGUGUUCUAGUUAGCUGUUAGGAUUUUUUUUUUUUUGUUUCUGCUAGGCCGAUGGAGCAAUACCGUAAUGUAUCGAUCCAUUGAAAAUAUCCUACAUGGUUUACCAAGUUCAGUGCAAUUGUAUUGGUAGAUGGUGGAAUAGAAAAUUUGCUAUGGUAAAAAUAGAGGUGGAACUCUUAUAGGAGCCCUCUUUGUUUUAUGUCCAAGAAUUUCAAAACGCUGUUCUCCCUCAUAUGUUUGUUUCACAAUAUAUGUAAUAUUUUGUGCUAGAUCCGUGCCAGUGUUUUUACGUAUCUUUCCAUUAUUGGCUUGCAUCACAUCCACAGAUGAAGUCUUUCAAUGAGACCUGUCGGGACAAAUGCAUGAGCUCAGUCAGUGUCUCACUAAGCUAGGAUCAGAAUGACGGCCUUAGAAUUUGCACCUACAAAAAUGAAUCCUCAUUGGCAGCUUCCAUAUUUCUAUCCCGACAAGCUCUCCCUUCAAUCUGUAACUCUGGUUAAUUGUAAAACCUGUAUUAGACUGUUAUACGGGCCACUACUUACUAAAUCUGCUUAAAGUGUGUAUUGCCAACCCCGUCCCCUCUGCAGUGUUGGGCAAGGGGGACGGGGUGCACUAUCCAACAUUACAGCUAGCUUCACAGGGCAUCUACCAAGAUGGGGCAAAGUGUGUAAUGUAUUUUGUGGGAACUGAAUACUGUUCAGGUAAAAAAAUGUUGUCCCACUGGGGAUUUUUCCCUUCACUUCCUAUACUAGAGAUACAAGUGAGGAGGAAAGCUCUGUUUUAAAUGAGAAAUUCCCAUCUAAGACACUUGUCACCAGAACAUUUGAGCCCACUGGAAGGUUUACCUCUCUUGCUCUGGUGACAACUCAAAAAAGAAAAGUUUUCUUUCCCAUUA